UUUGCUUUUUCAAACACAUCAAAUUUUGCUGGAGCUCGUGAAGUUAUUACAUGUUUUUUUCAUGUCCUGAAUCGCAUGGAAGCAAUUUUAAGUAAAAUAUCAAUCGUCAAGUAUCACUUUGUUUUUUUAACAACAUGUCAGGAACGUGCCAGCACGCAAAACUCUGCUCCAUCAUGCUGAAAGAGGCGUACGGAGACUUGGCCGAGAAAGUGGCCAUGUGUUUGUUCCGUCUCGGCAAUCUCACUCUUCAACAAAUAAUUUUUCACACGAAUUUGAAGCUCACGAAGGUGCAGCAUGUCUUGAGAGGGUUGAUCAAUUUUGGUAUUGUCGAAUUUGAACUACCGGAAAAUGCAAAGACAGGCGUGAAAUCCACUGUGCCUGUUUAUUUCCUCAGAAAAGAUAACAUCUUAUUUCUGCAGAGAUACAUAAGAGGAGUGCCUGUCUUCAUUAAAAAGUUUGGGACUGAAGGGGAGAUUAUGCUGGACACCCUGAUGAAAAGUGGCCGUGAUUGCGCCUCAGGAGUCAUACUUGUAUCAUCGGUUCGAAUUCUGAGAACUCAGCCAGAUCAAAACGCUGAUGCCGUUCUUGGUCAGAUGAAGGAGAAAAUGCAGCAGCUGGUUCAAGAGGGUCUGAUCGAAAGAGUUGCCUCAAGAGAGCCUGUGCCGGACACGACGGCAGUCUAUUCAAAAAGUAAAGCUCUGCCUGAAGUCAACAUGCCUCUACUGGCAAGCAAAAUCACCAGUGAAAAUUUGUCCAUAAAAGAUGCCAGCGACACCUCUGUUGUUUGGCAAGUCAGUCGAACGGGAGUCUCUCAACUGUUGAGAGAUGAAAUGUUUGCUGAAGCUUUGACGGCUCGAAUUGACUAUCAGGCAGGAAACUUGGUGCGUUGCCUUCUGCAGCUGAUGUCGGAUUCCGGAGAUGCAAUGGAGGAGGUUUCGAAUAUUUUCCACAAGCCAACAAUUCAUUCGGUAGUGAAAAUGAGCUAUCCAGGAUCUCCAUUAGAAGCACAUAUUUCUGAAUACCUGCAAGUCCUUGCGGAGGACUCCAGUAAUCUGUUGAGUAGAGUUGGCGAUGCGGCAGGUGGUGAAUACCAAGUAACAUUAAAAGCAGCAAUUCUUGAGUUGACAUGGUCAGCGCUGGAAAAAAUUGCCCAAGAGCAAUUCGGUUCCAAAGGAGCUAGAAUAUUCAGGACUGUACGACGGCACCAGUUUAUCGGAAUCGACGAAGUACAAAAUCACGCAAUGCUGCCUGCCAAAGAGGCUAAGCAAAUUGCUUACAGAUUAGUGGGAGAAAAUUUCCUCCAGUUGAAAGAGCUGAAACUGGGAACAUCAACAGAAGCCGGCAAAACCACAACAAAUUACUACUUCUUCGUAAGCCUUACCCAAUUGGUUAGAAUGUGUCUGGAAAAGUGCUACCUGGCCCAGUACUCGGCAUCGUUGCGACAAAAUGACAUAGUUGAGAAGUUCAGCCACACCAUCCAGAAGGAGCAUCGAUUGACCAGCUUGUACAUGACUUUAAAACAACAAGGAGCUCCCCAAGAACAGCUUGAAGAUAUUGCCGGAAUGCUAACACUGAGCGAAAGAGAGGAUUUGCAAAAAGUGGUAACUUGGAGGGCACAACUCAAUUUUUCCGAGUAUGACAUCGACUCCUCAAUUCUCUUAUUUGAAAUAUACAUCAAAGUGUUCCAAGGAAAAAUUUAAGUAGUUGAACCCAAGAAUUAAUAAUAGCAUGUAAUAUAUGACUCAUUUUUAUAAAAUAAGCUAUUCUUAUUAUGAUUCAAUCCCCUUUUUAAAGUGAACCAAUAUAAAAUGAGUGGGGAUGCCUUAUCUUAAGUUAUGAAUGAA